AUGUUUCUUCUCUUUCAGGUAAUUCAGAUUUUCUUUCCUCAUUCAUUACAACUUCAUCCUCAAGAAUUUCCUGGUGAACAUCCCAAUGACUGCCCCAGAAACGUCAAUAAAGCAGAAGCAAUGAAAAUAGAUUGCAAUAAUGCAGCCAGUCCAGAUCGCUAUGGUCACUACAGAGAAGCAAAAUACUGCCAGACCAAACACCAUUGGUUAUGGAAAUUAUCACAUGUAUUUGAGAAAAUUAAAGUGAUGAAAGGUUAUGAAGGCAUAGUGUUACUGCUGGAAGAAGAUUACUAUGUAUCAGAAGACAUCAUCACUGUUUUACAAAUGCUACAGAAUCUCAGAAAGAAAGACUGCAAAGAUUGCAAAAUACUCACAUUAGGAAAUUAUGAUAAAACACAAAAUUAUGCACUCAAUGCAGGAAAGGUGGAGAUUGCACGAUGGGUCUCCUCCAGGCACAACAUGGGAAUGGCAUUCACCAGACAAAUGUGGGAAGAUAUUAAAAAAUGUGGUGUGGAUUUUUGCCAUUUUGAUGAUUACAACUGGGAUUGGACAUUACAGCAUCUAAGCAUGAAAUGCAUCCCUGGUACUGUGAAGGUUAUGAAAAUGAAGGCUACCCGGGUAUUUCAUAUGGGAGCCUGUGGGGUUCACCACAAGGGAAAGAAUUGCAGUCCAGAAUCCAAGAAAAAAGCAGUUGAAAAACUUUUAUGGGACAAUAAACAAAACUUUUUCCCCAAUGUUCUUAAUUUAGCUGGGUAUUCUGGUUUACGUCUCCACCACUUUUCUUUCUUUCUUCCUCUCACCUUGCAGCCAGCACACAUGAAGUUAAUAUUUCUUUAUCUUCUCAAGGCUUUAUAA